GGCAAUGGGUGAGGUUCAGUAGCACAACCGGGCCCGCACGACCCGGACGUUCGUUGUAGACGCUCCUCCCUGUGCACGGCUUACAUGUCUCAAUAUCUCCACGGACUCGACUUGUACGCACGAUUGGAAAUGCUGAAGCAGAGACACCAAACACUAAAGUGGAUGUUAACGUCAAGUUCAAGGGAACUCUGAAGUUGAAAUACUAGCCACUGCUAAAGUACAUAUAUAAUAAAUCAUUAAUUAUUUUAUAUACUCGGAUUUGGACUUAUAGUGCGACGUGCUGUCCGUGAUACGUUAUCUGUGAUAAUUACUGAUAGUUUAUAAGGCUAUUUUUUUACAUACAGUAUAUAUAUAUAUUUGAGUGCGAGACACUUGUAUUAGAAAUUGUGACCAGGAUGUUGCUGGACUUUGAGCCGGUGUGGGCAACCAACCACCAAUGGGAGCAGGAUAGCGGGAGUCAAUCACAGUCGACGGAAGAAGACAAAACUCCCUCCUACCUGACUUCCCUGACAUCAGACGACGAGCCAACACGUUACGACCCAGUCCCACCAGAAGUCACGCCCUGUGAACUGGGCUUAAGGUCGUCCCAACAGCGUGCAACAUCAGGCUUCGGCGAGUUAGUGGAUACCAGUGAAGCAGUGAAGAGUGACUGUGGGUCCUCGAGCAUGCGCGGAGCUGACCCCUUGCACCGAACUGCAUCUCGCUUCAGCCGCCUUCACGAAGAAAGUGAAAUAGAAGGCAGCUUGCAAAGCAGUGACGAGGAUGACACUAGUCUUUCAUCCCAUGCAUCUGAAGCUUUCAUUGAUAUCGGCUUACAACCAGGGCAAGAUGACAACCCCUCACCUGGCCAACAUGAAGUCAAGAUGCUCAUCAAAAAGAUACAUUCCAUCAAGAAAAAAAUAAGGCGCUAUGAAGAAGAAUUUGAGGCUACCCACGGAUACCGCCCUUCACACAGCGAGAAAAUGAAGCACAGAAAAACUAAGAAAUACAUGAGUGAACUUAGCAUGGCCAGUAUAGAGCUCAAACAAAUGAAAGAUGAUGUUGAUGGUUUGAUGUUUGUACCCAUUGUGUUUCCAUUAUCACUUCUCCGGUGUCAAGAGUCGACGAACCCAAGUGUAAGAUCCAAUGGAACCGGGUCCCGUACUGCAGUCACCUUAAAACAUGUUGAAGACAGAUUACGAGAAAAGCGGUCGGCUUUAGGCCGGCCAGCUGAAUUACAGGACAUGAGUUCUGUGGAAAUGCAGGAAGAAAAAACAGACCUACAAAAGGCCCUUCUUUAUUAUGAGUCAAUUCAUGGACGACCCACAAGUCGGGAGGACAGAGACUUGGCGAGACCACUCUAUGACCGUUAUCGCCAAGUUAAGAGGAUUGUCAUGAGAGCAUAUAGAACAAGUGAAAAUCUUGCAGAAUUGCCUCCAAUUAUUGAACAUGUGGCUAUGGAUUUCACAUUAGCCUCACCUCAACAUCGCAGUUCCUUACAAGGAGAUGAAAUAGAAAAACUAAUACCAACAGCACCCACAACCCCUCCAGGCCUUGAAUCUCCACCCAUGUUUGAUCCUUCACGAACUGCAACCACUCGGAAGGAUGACCCAAAGGAUGACCCAAAGGAUGGGCAGCAGACAGUUGCACUCGGUGACCUCCAUGCUCUACCCCUAAGUGAACUGAGAGAAAGAAAGAAGGAAGCACGUGAAGAAAAGAAGAAAUUAAGACGGUCACUCCGAGAAUAUGAAGAGCAAUUUGAGAGAGAAAUGGGCCGUAAAGUGCAUAAAGAAGACAGAGGGCCCAUGGAACAGAUGUAUUUUGAUUACAAGCACACUAAGGCAAAGCUGAGGCUCCUUGCGGCUCUUCUAUCAAAACAUGAACCCCUGAAGUUCUCAAGGUUUGGCUAAAGUUUAAUCACCCUGUUAAGUCUCACACAGAACUUAAAAGUAUUUAUAGGAAAACCAAAUGAUGCCCUUUAAUAUGUAACUGAUUGUGUGACUGUAUUGUGUAAGAUUGGUAGGCACCUCAGUUGAAGUGAACUUGUACUGUUCUGGUGUGUGGGUAAUGCAGGAGCUGAAAUGUUAUCAAAAUUACCAAUAAGGUUGAGUUGAAGGAUCUAUAAUGGGUUACAAUUUGAAUGGUUUAUUGGGGCACAUUGUGCCCAAUUGGCACAGUAUGAAAGAGCAAUGCUUAUUAGACAAGAGUCAACAUCAUUAACGGUGAAUAAGUUGUUGAUUCAAUGUCGAACCAACACAUGUUUAUUUUAAGAUGUUGUUCCCACUGGGUACAUACAUUGGCCAAAAAUGAUGUAAAUAAUGUAAUUAUGAGAUGCAUGUAUUAAAUAUGAUCUUUUCAGUUUGAUCAGGUUAGUGAAUUGCAACAAGUUUGUGCACUUUGACAUUUUCAGGAUGAAAAGAUGCUGUUCAAUGAGAGAUUUGUCUGGUUCAUUUAGACUCAAAUAUACAAAGGCUUUCAAAUACAGAAUACUUGAACCAUAUAUAUUCCUUGUGCUACGCAUUAAGGAGCAUUACUGAGUACUGAGCGUGUAUGGAGUUAGUAGUUCGUUAAAUGCUGUGAAACGUUUUUUACUGUAUAUACUUAGCAGUAUGUGUGUGUAAGAAUUAAUGGUGAUGAGUGGUUUGUUAUUGUUGUGGGUGUACUUCAGGGUUUUGUGAUGUCACCUUAGUUAUAAAAUCUAUACAUGGGUGUAGUUAUGAGGGAUGCUAAAUUAAAAAUAUUAGAGAGGUGUUAACUUAGUGAUGGAACAGGUUUAAGCAAUGAAAGUAUGUCAAAUUUGGUGAAUGCUGAUGAUAUAUAUUAAUCUUCAUAUAUAUAUCAAUCUCUUUAGCAGAUUGAGAGAGCUAUGUAGAUUUAAAUUAGUUAUCGUGUAUGGAAGACAAAGUGAAUGUGGCCGAGAGAAAAGGAAAUUGUGUGAAAUAUAUGUGAAUGGUAAAGUGCCAAUGGUGGUAGAUCAGUUUGAUGCAUGAUUGCUAAUGGGUUGGUGGUGGUGGGCUAAAGGCCUAUCAACUGGGAAAGGGUGAUAAAGGCCACCACAAUGACUGACACCAGAAAGUCUACUUUAGUCCUGAACAUAGUUUAGGACCAAAGUAAACUGUGUAUACUCAAAGCAGGUUACACAAUCGGUGUAUAUUUGGUAUCAUAUGGAUUGCCAAUUGAUUAGUUUAUUUUCCACCACCUAUAUGGCCAGUUACAUUGUUAACCAUCAUGUAUAAUACUCAUAUUUUUAUUUAUACAAAAUAUUACACACACUCGCCUAUAUAUUUAAAAAACACUUAAUCACAUGGAGUAAGUUAUUGACCAAUUAACCACAUAGAGCAGUGACUUGAUUAAUGCAUCUAUAAUGGUUCUUCAGUUAUAAUGCUAAUCAAUAUCUACAGAUUAUUCAUUUUAGUUUGUCGUCCGUAGAAUGGUAUAGUUAUUUCUGUAUAGUUACCGAGCUCUCGCUCACAGGUGAUUGAAGUGUGUUUAAAUUAAAAUUUUCUUAUAUAUUGCAUAUGUUUUACAUAUUAAAUUUUGGGUACCAGUAGUGUUUCAGUAUUCAGUAAAUAUUUACAGUAUUCAACCUCUCAACCUAGAGGGUCUGGAAUUGUCGAGUAUGGGGCAUUCAAAAAAUAUAAUGUCCAAGAGAAAGUACGUGUUCACUUGAUUUGGUCUUGGUCUAUUAAGGCUACCACAGUAGUUUACUAACCACCGGAGGGUUAUUAUAAUCCUGAAUGUAGUUCAGAAUGCUGGUAAACCUUAGUACACACACACAGGUGGGGUACCCCUCUGUGUACCCCACCUACACAAUAUAAGCAAUGGAUAGGAAAAACAAGAUGGGAAUAGCUGUAACCUGAGGUCAGUAUGGAGUAGUGGGCAUCCAUCAGUCUCGGGAGACUAUAGAGUUGUGCUGUGGUUGUCAGUCUGGAGUGGCCUCUCCAGGGCACAAAUCCAGGGUAGGUUGAUAUGGGGAGAAGCUGUCACCUAAGCAGGUCUUCCCUCUCCACGGUGCUGAAAGUCUCCAAUGGAAAGGCAAACACCAAUAAGAUUGGUUCCAGUGCUAUCGCAGGAACUGUCAGAACGAACUGCCCUAGGGGCUCCAGCUCAGGAGAUGGAGCUCCUAGGGAGUAAUAGUUUCCAAUUUCUCAUACUGUACAUGGUUACAAGAUGGCGUGUGGACAAAUUCAGUUAAAGUAGGAAUGGACAAUCUGAGAAACGUGUCAUGGUGUGGAGAACAGGGUAUGGAAUAGAAGUCAGAAAUGUGGCGUGCAAAGUUAGUAAAUUGCAAAAUAAAGAUCACAAUGAGAUGGUUUGGGCAUGUUGAAUGAAUGAAUGAAUGUAGACUAGUGGAGUUGUAUUCAAACUAAUUAGAUUAUAUGAGAAGACGGUCUAAGGCGUGAGAAUAACACAGGACAUGGUACCGGACAAAUUUGGCUGGAAGCAGUUUGCAAGGUGUAAAUAUAUUUGUAAUAUUAACAAUUCAUGAAGCACGCAAGUACACCUGGUCCUAUAAAGCAGUGGGUUGCCACAGUGGAUGACUGCUGGAGUGUGCAGCCCGACCUUGCAUACAAAGACCCCAAGCUUGUUAAUCUAGCUGCCAAACCCCCUGUUUAUGAAAAGUGGUUUACGCAAAACUUACAACUGAUGUUCUGUAAGCACUUCCAGAACAAGUGCUUCACUCAAGUCCUCUGUUAAAACCACAAUUCUAUAAAUGCUUCACCCACGUACAGUUCUUCAAAUACAAAUAAUCUCCAACAAAACCUUAACACCUAACCUAACCUAUGCCUAGCUAUACAUAGAAUUUUUAUGUAUAAUAAUAAUAGUAGUAGUAGUAGGCACCUAUCAGUAGUAGGUAUCCAUCAAAAAUGUAUAAUAAUAAUAAUAAUUUAUAUGAGAACAAACCAAUGUUAAAAUUGAUGAAUGCGUCUGGGAGGACGGCUGCUGCUAUAAACAGCCUAGUGUGAGGGCGGGUUGGAGUGUUGUAGUGCUUAUCGGUGAUGCUAAAUAUAGUACUGUACUCUAUUGUAAAUAUAGUAAAUGGACAAAUAUACUGUAUAUAUAUAUAUAUAUAUAUAACAAAUAUAUACUGUAUAUGAUAUGAAUUAUAAUUUGGCCCUGGAGCCCAGCACUAAAUAGUUCUUAUUCAGAGCUUUUUUUUUUUACCCCAAAUUAUAAUAAUUUUUUUUCCACCCUGUGCUUAUCCUGUUUCCCCACUUGUUGGUUAGGGGAGUUAUAAGUAAUGAUAAUAUAUGCAUUAAGGUAUCUAUUUUCUAAACAGUGAUGUUUUGUCUUUUUGAAGUCUAAAAUUUCUGCUUUCUGAAGAAUUGCCCAUAACAAACUGUGUAGUAACUCAUUAAAAUAUACAAAAGACAUGCAGUAAUAUUCAGGUGAUUAAAAUGGUCUGGACUUGUCUGCAUUGAUGCUUCCAAAUAUAUUUUAUCCAUAUAAUUGCUGAACUGUGCUAAGUGUAAGGUACCUGAAUUUAGCAUUAAGGUACAGUAGCUGUUUAGACCAUGGGGCAUGAAAUCUUUGAAUUUUUUUAUGUAUGUAUGUUUUGACAACUAUACCCCUUGCCCUUUGUUUGAGACGUGUAUAAGUUGUUGCAGACGAUGAGUCACAAUAUCGUGGUUGAAGAAAUGAAGACUAAACCACACACCAGAAGAUAAGAUGACGACGUUUCGGCAUGUCCUGGAUCACUAUGAAAUUAAUUGUGUUGAUAUCAAGAAGACGGAAAUGUCGUAGUCUCCUCAUCUUCUGGUGUGUUGUUUGGUCAUCAAUAAAUUGUUUAAGGGCAUGCAGGACAGUGAAGAGCUCUCCUUGUGGUCUAUUACACACAAUGUAUUCACUUGGCAGUUAUACACUUGUUUUGUGAAUUUCUGUUUCCAGAUAUAUUUUUCAUGCUCUAUCUCUAGCACUUGUCUCUUUUAAUACCAAAACUUAUAAAUCAUCAGAUACCUGAUGCUGUUCUCAAAAUUUAUAUAUUUAUUUAUAAACUACAGUAUAACAUUAUGACUGUUUAUCAGACCAUUUAUGUACUCUAUAAAAUUUACAAUAAAUAUUUUCUUAUGC